ACUCAAAGCGAGUCACGUAGACCGAGUUCUCUCCGGGUUCUUUUUUUUAUUUUAUUUAAUUUUAAAUAUUAUUAAUUUAGUCUCACACAAAGUUCCAUCCUUUCUUCUAUUUAUAAACUAAGAAAAAUAACGAAGAUAAAAUAACCAUCGUUUUGGUGAGAGAAGAAGAGAAGAAGAAUAAGGCCCUAUGGAAAGAUAAUACUCUGUUUCCAUUUUUUUUUUCUUUCUGAAAAUAUACACAGAGAAAGAGAGAGAGAAGAGACAUGGCGGAUUCAAGCGAUUCUGUCUCCAUUGAUAUGGAGGCAUUGUCUCUUGGAGGACAGGAACACCUUGUGGAGACUACUUAUGGCCCUGUAUGUGUUGCCGUUUGCGGAGAUCCUGAUAAACCUGCUCUUAUCACAUAUCCUGAUAUUGGCUUAAACUAUAUGUUCUGUUUUCAAGGAUUAUUGUUUUGUCCUGAAGCUAGUUCCUUGUUACUCCACAACUUUUGCAUAUAUCACAUCAGUCCUCUUGGCCAUGAGUCAUUGCAGUUGGGAGCUCCGAUAAUCAGUGUUGAUGCUCCUUUGCUCUCUGCUGAUGACUUAGCCGACCAGAUUGUUGAGGUUCUUAAUUUUUUCGGACUUGGUGCAGUAAUGUGUAUGGGUGUCACUGCAGGAGCUUACAUUCUGACCUUAUUUGCUGUAAGUACAGUAAUGAUGAAGUACAGGCAGAGAGUUCUGGGUUUAAUACUUAUCUCUCCACUGUGCCAAGCGCCUUCUUGGUCAGAAUGGUUGUGCAAUAAGGUUCUGUCUAAUUUACUCUACUACUAUGGCACGUGUGGAGUGGUUAAGGAAUUGUUACUAAAACGGUACUUCAGCAAGGAAGUUCGAGGUAAUGGUCAAGUUCCAGAAUCGGAUAUUGUUCAAGAAUGCAGAAGGUUACUUUGUGAGCGGCAGAGUACAAAUGUAUGGAGAUUCCUUGAGGCAAUCAACGGGAGAGUGGAUCUUAGUGAAGGUUUAAGGAAAUUGCAAUGCAGAACUCUCAUAUUCAUCGGUGAAAAUUCUGCAUACCACUCCGAGGCCGUUCACAUGACCACCAAACUAGACAGACGAUAUGGUGCAUUAGUCGAGGUGCAGGGAAGUGGGUCGUUGGUAAGUGAAGAACAACCACAGGCGAUGGUAAUACCAAUGGAAUACUUUUUGAUGGGAUAUGGCUUGUAUCGUCCGACACAGAGCGUAAGUCCGAGAAGUCCUUUGAGCCCAACCCGAAUCUCUCCCGAGCUUCUCUCCCCUGAGAACAUGGGCUUAAAACUCAAGCCAAUUAAGACAAGACUCGCUCUAUAGCCCUGCCUCCUCUGCUACACACAUUUAUAUAUACAACAAGUGAAUCAUACGCCACAUAAAAUCACCACUGUUGAAGUUGGAGCUGUUCCUCUGUUAUGAUUUAAGCUGUAGAUAUAGACAGACAUAUUGAUCAUCUAUAUAUAGUGGAGAGAGUAAGAAGAGUAAAGAAAAGGGGAUGGGGAAGGGAUUGAUAUAUGGUAGAGUGAGAGAGACUACAGAUCUCUUAUAUUUUGAUUCAUUAAAAGUUAGUCUCUAAAGGUUUAUUUUUGUGGUAGCUGUUCUUGUUCUCUGUACAUUCAGUUGAAUAAAUUAUUUAAGUAAAAUCCCCAUACUAUUUUAAAUUA